CGGUCCGCCAUCCUGCCCGUUUGCGUUGCGUAGGUUUGGAGCUCGGCGGCCGGUCGGGAGGCGAGGAGGAGCUUUCUUCCCGGCUGGAGCUCCUGUCGGGGCGCGUCGAGGGGUUGUGCGAGGGUCUGCGGGGUUUGAUUUAAAUAAAAGAUGGACUGGAGUGGAAAACAUAACGGGCCAAAUGAUACAACCAAUGAUGGGACAGUGGUACGACUUCGAGGCCUGCCAUUUGGUUGCAGCAAAGAAGAGAUUGUUCAGUUUUUCCAAGGGUUGGAAAUCGUGCCAAAUGGGAUAACAUUGACGCUGGACUACCAGGGGAGAAGCACAGGGGAGGCCUUCGUGCAGUUUGCUUCAAAGGAGAUAGCAGAAAAUGCUCUGGGGAAACACAAGGAAAGAAUAGGGCACAGAUAUAUUGAAAUCUUCAAAAGUAGUAAGAGCGAAAUCAGAGGAUUCUGUGACAUGCCAAGAAGAAUGAUGGGACAACAACGACCUGGACCAUAUGAUAGACCAUUAGGAGGAAGAGGGGGUUAUUAUGGAGCUGGGCGUGGAAGUAUGUAUGACAGAAUGCGUCGAGGAGGUGGUGGAUAUGACGGUGGAUAUGGUGGCUUUGAUGAUUAUGGUGGCUAUAAUAACUAUGGCUAUGGAAAUGAUGGCUAUGAUGACAGAAUGAGGGAUGGGAGAGGCAUGGGAGGCCAUGGCUAUGGUGGAGCUGGAGAUGCAGGGUCGGGUUUCCAUGGUGGCGGUCACUUCGUUCACAUGAGAGGACUACCUUUUCGAGCGACGGAAAAUGAUAUUGCUAAUUUUUUCUCACCAUUGAAUCCUAUAAGAGUUCACAUUGAUAUUGGGGCAGAUGGAAGAGCCACAGGAGAGGCAGAUGUGGAAUUUGUAACACAUGAGGAUGCAGUAGCUGCCAUGUCCAAGGAUAAAAACCACAUGCAACAUCGAUAUAUUGAGCUAUUCCUGAAUUCGACUGCUGGAGGUGGAUCUGGCAUGGGAGGCUAUGGCAGAGACGGAAUGGAUCAAGGUUACGGCUCUGUUGGUCGAAUGGGAAUGGGUAGCAAUUACAGUGGCGGGUACGGAACUCCCGACGGCUUGGGCGGCUAUAGUCGUGGCAGUGGAAAUAGUGGAGGAUACUAUGGGCAAGGCAGUAUGGGUGGAGGAGGAUGGCGUGGAAUGUAUUGAACGAUAGCCUUGCUUCUGCAAAACAUCCUGGAAGAAACAGUCGCUGGUCUACUAGACUUUCUUACAAAAUUUAAUUUCUUUUGUAUUUUAAGAACUUUAUAAUGACUGAAGGAAUGUGUUUUCACAAUAUUAUUUGGUAAGCAACAGAUUGUGAUGGGAAAAUCUGUUUUCUGUAGGUUUUAUUUGUUGCAUACUCUGACUUUAAAUAAAUUUUUAUAUUCAAACCACUGAUGUUGAUACUUUUUAUACUAGUUACUCCUAAGGAUGUAUUACAUAUUCAAGACUACAGUCGGUUUAAGAUGUUGUACUAUGGUUCAAUAAAGGUGGUUGUACUGUAACUCCUAUGAACACUGAUUCAGUUCUAUGUAAUUUUGGUGUAGUGAAUGAGCUGGAAAAAUCCACUUGUUUAAGGGGAAAAAGGUAGAUGACUAGAUUAGUUUAUUUGGUAACAACCUUUGCCUAAACCCUUUUGAUAAGCUGUAUGUAGUAACUUCUCAGCCUGGCAUAAAGCUGCGGAGGCUAAAAGUCCUUGCGCCGCCCCCGCGCUUCGCUGUGCAAGGCGAGCUGGACACGGCACUUCAGCCCUGGAACGGGCCCGGGGAACUAAAACACUAGCACAGCUUUCAGCCAGCGGCAACGGGGAGUUAAUUUGAAGCUAUCUCUCUGCUUAGUAUGUUUUUCACAACACUGCUUUGGGGAAGAGGGGAGGAGUUGGAAGCAAGACUUUUUUUUUUCUUUCAUGAAAUCUCUGUAUCUAAAUGUGGUUCAGGGGGGUUUUUUGCUGCACUGAGCUGAUUUGUCUGUAGUUUAAAACUUAAGCCAUUCUGGGGAUGAGCUCAUGAGAAGCAAAGUAUCUCUAAAAGAACUAUAAGCCCAAGAGUUGUUAAAUACCGCACCAACCCAACACGUUGAUAAAACGAUUUUGUGCAUUUGUGACAUGUAAGAUAUGUAAGAAACUAUUGUUUGAAGACACUUGACAUACCUGAUGUGUAAUGAAAAAGGUAUUUAUUCUUCUGAGCCAGUGUGAUCUCCCAAAUUGACUGCUUUGUCCUCGAUGCCUCCCUUCCAAUGUCAAAUGUGAUCUUGGGUAUUGAAAGUCUGUCACCUGUUUUGCUAGUACUGUGUUAUAUAUGUAAUAAAUGUCUUCUUGUGGGAGA